CGAUGGCGGCGCGACGGGCGUGACCCUACAGGACGGUCUCGAGAGCUAUUUUACGGCGCGUCGCGACGAAAAUAAGUCUCGACCUUCAGAAGCAUUACCGUGCGCGUGUCCGGUCGCCGCAAGCCGCCCGCCGGACGCUCAGAGGCGGAAACACCCAGAGACUGUUCAGACCUGACCAAAAGGAGAUCUCAUGCUAAACGGUCACGCGCAAGCGGCGCCGGCGCCCGCUGACGGGCUCGCGUCGCGCGUUCGCGUCGGUGCCACGGUUGGCAAGUCAUUCCCGGGCUACGGCUACCACCGCGGGACCAUCAUCGAGGUCGGCGCCGACGACGUCGUCGUGCACUGGGAGACGAACGAGCACACGACGCUCUCGCUCAAGGAGGCCUCGCGGCGCGUCAUCAGCGCCGACCCCACAUGCGGAGCGGGCGGCGCGACUCACCCCGCGGCUACGAACGAGCCGGAUCCCCCCGCCACGCCCGCCGCCGUGCAAGCGCUCGAUCCGGCAACGGCGGCGAUCCGCGAGGCGUACGCGCGCGAGCAGGCCGCCGCGAAGGCUCGCGAGGAGAGUGCCGGGACGCCCAAGCCCGAGGCCGAGGCGGCCGACGAAUCCGACUCUGAUGAUGAGUCGCUCAAUGCGAUGCGGCGCUCGGCGCGCGAACGCCUCGACGCGGCCACGUUCACGACGGGCUCGAAGGUCGAGGUCACGAGCCCGGGCGGCGUCUGCUGCACGAGCGGGGUCGUCGUCCACGACAACCACCACGGCGUCAGCGUGCGGUUCAAGAUCGAAGACGGGGACGGCGCGAUCGUAGUUGUGGACCCGUCCGCGGUUGAAAUAAUCGAGUACGCGCUGCCGAAGGUCGAGGAAGACGUCCAGUCGGAGGCGCGGCCGGCCAUUGUUGAGCCCCCCAAGGACGACGUGGACACGGCGUCUAUCGUUACGCCCGACGACGCCGCCAACAGCUCCAUCCUCAAAACGUCGGGCGCACCGGCGGGCAAGCGGCGACGAGUCUUCGACGACCGCUUGAACGUCGCGCCGCUGGGACCUUUGCCCGCAGAACGGCCUCUGGGACCCUCUGCGCACGAAGUCUGGUUCGGAUGCCCGAAGGACUAAGUAGAUGACUUGAUAA